AUGGCAAUUUUCUUAAUCCUGACAAUCAGUUUUAUGCUGGUGGUUAUUGAAACCAUCAUUGGAAUAGUAGCAAAUGGAUUUAUUGUCUUCAUGAAUUACAUCAACUGGUUGAAAAACAGGAAACUACCCUCAGCUGACCUGAUCCUGACCUGCCUUGGCUUGUCCAGACUUGCAUUUCAGGCGGUAGUGAUUGUGGAUCAAACUAUGUAUUUCUUUUCUUUGGGCACUCAUAUUUGGAAUUACCUAUAUCUGAUGAUGCCCAUCACAUGGACAUUUAUGAACACCGCCAAUGUUUGGUUUGCCACCUGGCUCAGUGUUUUCUACUUUGCAAAGAUCGCCAUCUUCUCCCACCCCAUUUUCCUCCAAGUGAAGCAAAGAAUCUCUGGACUGGUGCCGUGGUUGCUUCUGGCCUCCGUUGUUCUCUCUGUUACUAUGACUAUUACUAUAGUCACGAGCUUAAGCAGUGAUUUGUCCAUGUGCAAUUUCUACUCAUCACGUUUGAGCACCAAUGGUUCAGAAAUUAAAAUUGCUGACUCCUGUAGGUACUUUGAGAUUCUAGUGACCGCCCCAAAUGUUAUUCCCAUUCUAAUAUUUUUGUCAUCAGCCAUUUUGUUAAUAACCUCUCUGAGGAAGCACACAAGACGUUUACAACUCAAUGGAAUCGGAGUAAGGGAUCUCAACACCCAGGCUCACUUGACCGCCAUUAAAGCUCUGGCUUCCUUCUCUGUUCUGUACCUGUCCAGUUUUCUAGCAUUCAUUGCACGGGCAAUACUGAUCUUGAAUAAUGUGGAUCGCCCUUGGUCAGUGAUGCUGAUUAGUAAUAUUAUUGCUGCUUAA